UUCCGCACAAAUGUGCCAAAAACAGCCGUUCAGUUGUGAAAAUAAAAUGCGAUAGACUAGAAGGAAUAAUUUUCAACCACUGAAAGUAAUUUCACAAAUAAUUUAUAGCAAAACUAAGAACGACAAAAUAAUCGUAACGUAUAGAAAAAAUAAUAUGUCAGCCGCUCCUGAUGGUAAAGUACCCAAUAUCAAAUUCGAUGGUAAUGCACCGAAGUUGGAUAAAGCGCAACUAGAGUUUAUGAAAAUCAUAGAACAACAAAAUUUGGUGCGUGUGGAAAAGUUGCAACGCAUACGUAGAAAUAACCUGAUUACUGCCGGCAUCUUGGGCGCAUCCGUGCUGGGAAUAUAUGCCUACUCAAUGCUAUCAGUGCAACAAGAAGAUUUCUUAGAUGAUUUUGAGGAACCGAAAAAAGUUUCAAAACAAUAAAAACUGUUAC